AUGGACACAUUGGGAGCUGCGUCUACUGUUGUGAAUGCUGGCCAGGCUGUCUGCGAGCUCUCCUGUUGCACUUGCACCAUAAAGAUUAAGAAUGACAGCAGUGUCUACUCACUUGUCAACCCCAAAAUCUGGAUGAUCAGCGGCCACAACACUCAACCUCCCCCACCCACUGUGGACAUCAACACAACGGUGGUAUGUGCCUUCUCCAAGAAUACAGGUGUGGCCAGUGGGGCUGUGGGUGUGUUGACUUACGACCUGGUACAGGACAAACACUGCACUGAUAAGAUGAUGGCUAUCAUGUUCUCUGUGCCUUUUGACUACAACAUCUUUAAGAAUUGGCUGGCAGUGGGCAUUUUUGACAAUAGGCUACCAUGUGACAAGGAACUGUAUAAACUCAUGUACGAUAAGGAUGAAACCACAUUCAAACGUGUCAAGGCUGCAGGAAGUAGUAUAUUGUACACACAGAACUCAGUGGAAAUCAGGGCCACCAUGAGCAGUGCAAGGGCAGCUAUUGUUAUGGUGGAGAUUUAUGACAUGAGCUAA